GUUGCCACAAGUUGUUGGCCUCUCGUGGCAGGUGGCUAGGUAGGACGUACUUCGCUCUGUGCUCAUCGAGUGGCCGUUGAAAGUCUCACUAUUGUUCUUUGGAUUAUCGCUCUCCGAAUAUCGCAGACCCGCAUUGCAGUAUAACCCCAGAGGACCACUUGCAGGCGGCUCGCACGGCGCAUGCGGCGGCCAGAUUUUCGCCAUGCGCUUGUUCAGGAGGCGAUCCCCUCCGCCGCCAGAGCUGAUCCGCCUUUGGAAGACGACCGAGCAGGGGGCGCUGCAGGACGACGCACACUCGCGUAUCAUCACAAGCAAACAAGACGCCAUGGCGGUGGGUUCCUCUGCUUCAGCUGCGACGGCAAAUGACAACCGGCCGCCCAAAACGUCCAAAACAAAAAGGGGCUUUCCAUUUUCCCGUGUGGGAUUGAAGAGCUCAGCGGGACCCCACAGGUAUUCGGUCACGACACAGACAAGCCCAGCUCCCGAGCAAUCGCGUAAGGAGACGUUUGUACGGAAACCAUCGUCCACUUGCGUCGACUGGCCGCGAAGAUUGGCAACAUUUGCCCACCCCAUAGUGCUAAAUAACAGGGAAAGCCAAUCCCCUCCUCCAGCGGAACUCUCCCGAGCGACAUCCAGGAGCGUGGAAUGUCUGGACGAGCCCACGGAAGAUGCCCAGAGCAUGGUUCCUUUGGGUAGCAUGUACAGGAGCAUGUCGACGUCUGCCCUCUUUGUCGAGUCAAUGGCGGAAACUUCCAACGAGAGUGUCAAGUCGCUGAGUUGCGAAGAGUUGGACAAAGAGGAGGAGGAGGAGAGCACAGGAGCUGCAGAACCAAGCGAGGAGAGCAAGGCAGCCAAGUCUGUCCUUGGGACAGUAUUUGAGGACGAGGUUUAUCUGGAACGCGAUAAGCUUGUCGCUCCGGAUACAGCCAGUCUGGCCAGCUCCAUUCAGCAUAGGUCUGACGAGUCGGGUUACGAAAGCGACGGGACCAAGAACGGGGGGGACGAAAGCCCCGCCGAGGGUGUUCCCGUCACCAACGAAGAGGUGAAACGGCCGCAGACGCCCGGCGAAGUCACAAACAUGCAGCGUUUUGCGGCACUCUUGCAAAGGCUGAGUCCGCAGAGCAGUACCGCCACUAGUUCCGUGCCAGCGAAGGACCAACAUGCGUCGCUUCCCUGUGAUCAUAAAACGUUCCGUUCGCGAACUCAGUCCCUGUUCCUGGCGCUGCGCCGGGACAGCGUGCCAAAAAAUGACACCGUUCAAAGAGAGACUCCGAAGAAAGUGAAGGAGGGAGGAUCGAAGCUGGAGCAGUUUAGGGCGUGGACUCUGGACCGUAAACUUUUAAAGAACCGGUGGAAAAAGAACGCAGAGAGAAACAGCUUGUUUGAUUCCCCACUACUCAACCGUGACGCGCAGCAGGAGUGUAAUCUAAAAUCGACGUCGUGGAGCAGUGCAGAGUGCCUUAGUGACUAUAUCGUGCCUGUUGACAGCGGGCUUGAGAGUGAUCUUCAGCAGAGACUGUGGCAAGGGGCACAGCUGGACUGCAGCGAGAACAGUGUGGAAGGGAGGCUGCCUUCGAAUGGGGGUCAGUUCAUUAAUGUGCAUUUGGAGAAAGACGAGCAGGGUGAACUUGGAAUAUACAUCACCGGGAGAUACGACCCCGAGAGGAGGGUGAUUGGCUACGUGGUGGCGGACCUGGAGGACUCUGGACCGGCAGCUAGGAGCGGACUUCUUCACAAAGGAGAUGAAUUAUUGGUCAUCAACGGUCAUCAAGUACAGGGCGUCGAGAUUGAACAAGCUCAGCGCCUGCUCUGCGUUCAGGACAGGGAUGUGUUCCUCCUUGUUGCACGACAGCACAAUUCUGCCCAACAGGUGUCCUCACCGGCGGACGAGGAAGAACUGAGGAAGGUAGAUGAUCACAGGCCACCAAUGGAGAGAAGAGCCAGCAUCUCCCACCCGGGGGCGUCUGUUGAUGUGCCUGAAAAGACUGAGAGAAGGGACCAGCAAUACAGCAGUGGAGUGCUGUGUACUUUGCCACGCAAGCGCAAAGGCCAGUCCCAAACAGACUUUCAAGUGGUGAGCUUUGUGAAAGGUCCCGGUCAGAAAGCGCUGGGCUUCAGCAUUGUGGGUGGCAGGGACUCUCCCAAGGGUGCAAUGGGCAUUUACGUCAAAUCCAUUUUUCUCGGAGGACAGGCUGCAGAGACAGGACAGCUCAGAGAGGGUGAUGAAAUCAUCACACUGAAUGGAGAGCCAUUACAAGGAAUGUCCCAUGCAGAGGCCAUCAGCUCCUUCAAGCGAAUCAAGCAAGGAGAUGUGGUUCUCCACAUUGCUCGACGUGUGAGCACUCAUAAAAGCCCACAGGUUUCCAAGUCAUGUUGCGACCUUGACACCGUGCCAUAAGUGCAAGAUGAAAGACCUUCUAGUCCUGCCAGUAUGUGAUAUGAAUGCUGCACAAGAUAUUUCAGACUUAUCUCAUUAACACAUUUGUACAUUUUAAAAUAAUUUUUGCAUAAACUUGUUCAUGGCUCAA